AUGGUGACAAAGUUCUACCAGCACAUCCUGGCCUUAGCAUUUGCCAUAAAUGUCAUCAACGAGAAUCCCAAGAUCUUACCGAAUGUGACACUCGGUUUCCACAUCUGUGACAGCUACUAUGAUGCAAAACUGACCUAUCACACCACUGUGGAGUUGGUCUGCAAAUUGCACAGAUUUGUCCCCAACUAUAAAUGUGAUACUCAGAAAAACCUAAUAGCCAUUAUUGGGGCACUCGUCUUUGAUGUCUCCUUCCACAUGGCAGACAUCCUACAUCUCUACAAAAUUCCACAGCUCACUUAUGGAUCUUUUGCCAAAGAACUGAUAGAUACAACACAAGUUCCUUUUGUUUAUAACAUGGUCCUCAGUGAAGCCCACCAGCACCUGGGCAUUGUAAGGUUACUCCAGCAUUUCAGGUGGACAUGGGUUGGACUCUUUGCUGUGGACAGUGACAGUGGAGACCAUUUCUUACAUGCCAUUGAGCUAUUGUUUUCCAACAAUGGAAUUUGCUCAGCUUUCACACAAAGGAUCACAAGUCAAGGCCAUACCUUUACUAAUAAGGAGAUUGGAAGAUUUGAGCUGCAUAAAUAUGCCAACGAUCCAAAAGCCAGAGCAGUUGUGCUCUACGGUGAAACUAUGACAUACCUGUUACUGAACACAAUAAUAUCUUUGUCAUUUCCUGAGCUAAAGUUAGACCCAUCUUUUACCAAGGUGUGGAUUUUGACAGCCCAGAUAGAUGUUGCAGUAACACCUCUUUUAAGGAGAUGGGAUUUUGAAUUUUUCCAAGGCACCAUUUCCUUUGCAAUUCACUCAAAUGAACCUCAAGGGUUCCAAACGUUUCUUCAAAACAGAAAUCCUUACUCGCCACAAGGAGAUGGUUUUCUCAGAGAUUUUUGGGAGCAGGUUUUUGAAUGUUCACUUCCAAAUUCUCUGGGAUUAAUGGAAGAUAAUGAUGAUGAACGCUGUUCUGGGGAAGAGAAGCUGGAAAGGGUUCCUAGCUCUGUUUUUGAAAUGGCAAUGAGUGGGCACAGCUACAGUAUCUACACUGCAGUCCACGCCAUAGCUCACGCAUUGCAUGCAAUGUGUACAUUCAGGACCAAGCACCAAGGAACAUUGUGUAGCACAGGACUUGAAUUACAGAAUCUUCAGCCAUGGCAGCUGCACCUGUUUCUUCAAGGCAUUUUGUUUAACAACUCAGCAGGUGAAAAGGUGUCUUUUGAUGAUCAUGGGGAAUUUGUACCCAGCUUUGACAUAAUGAAUAUAUACAUAUUCCCAAACAACUCCUUUCUAAAAACAGAAGUUGGAAGAGUGGUUCCACAUGCUCUUGAAGGGGAGCAAUUCAUCAUUAAUGAGGAUCUCAUAAUGUGGCACAGAAAAUUCAACCAGGUGGUCCCCAUUUCUGUAUGUAGUGAUUCCUGCCCCCCUGGUCAGCAGAAGAAAAAAGAGGAAGGGAAGAAAUUUUGCUGCUUUAGUUGUGAUCUGUGCCCAGAAGGGAAGUUUUCAAACCAAACAAACCUGAAAGAAUGCUUCAAAUGCCCAGAAGAUCAAUAUCCAAACAAGAACAGAGAUAGAUGCACCCCCAAAGUAAUAACCUAUCUUUCUUAUGAAGACUCUUUGGGAAUCAGUUUGACUUCAGCUGCUCUUUCUUUUUCCCUCAUCACGGCUUUGGUGCUCAAAACUUUUAUAAGGCACAAAGAUACCCCCAUAGUCAUAGCCAACAACAGAGACCUCACCUAUGCUCUCCUCAUUUCCCUCCUACUCUGCUUCCUCUGUUCCUUACUCUUUCUUGGGCAACCCAGGAAGUUGACCUGCCUUCUACGACAAUCUGCUUUUGGCCUCAUCUUCUCUUUGGCUGUAUCAUGUGUGUUGGCCAAAACCAUCACGGUGGUUGUUGCUUUCAUGGCCACCAAACCAGGAUCCAGCAUGAGAAAGUGGGUGGGGAAAAGAUUGGCCAACUCCAUUGUGUUUUCCUGCUCAAUGAUUCAAGCAGGCAUUUGUAUGGUGUGGCUGGCAACCUCUCCCCCAUUCCCAGAUAUGGACAUACACUCACAGACUACAGAGAUUGUCAUGGAAUGCAAUGAAGGGUCUGUCCUCAUGUUUUAUCUUGUCUUAGGCUACUUGGGCCUUCUGGCUAUCAUCAGCUUCACUGUGGCUUUCUUGGCUAGGAAGUUGCCAGACACAUUCAAUGAAGCCAAGUUCAUCACCUUCAGCAUGUUGCUGUUUUGCAGCGUUUGGGUAUCUUUUGUCCCAACCUACCUGAGCACCAAGGGGAAAUACAUGGUAGCUGUGGAGAUUUUCUCCAUCUUAGGCUCUAGUGCUGGUUUACUGUGUUGUAUCUUUUCCCCCAAAUGCUACAUUAUUAUUAUGAGGCCCGAACUGAACAGCAAGGAACAACUAAUAAAAAGAAAGUUUUAG